AGCGGAGGAGAGAAGAGCAGAGCAGAGCAGCGCCGGAGUCUGCCUGGCUCUCCAUCUUCUGCCCAGGGCCAGGCUGUGCGUAAUUGCGCGCCAGUGGAGAGCUCCAGGAAAGGAGCCCCUCUGGUCCUCCUGGCUUUCGGAGAGCCUCUAGAGCAGCAGCAGCCCCUGCAUCCCGGGCGAGGGCUCUCUCUCUCUCUCUCUCUCUCUCUCCCGGGAGGAAGAAGAGGAGGAGGAGGAUGGCAGCAGCCGCAGCAGCCUCCAAGGGCGGGGAGCAUCUCCUGGGCAUCUGCUCCAGCUACCAGGCGGUGAUGCCUGCUCCGGCGCAGCUGGUCUGCCACUGCCUCUCCUCCUCUUCCUCCUCCUCCCAGGAGGGCUUCCCCCGGCCCUCUUCCUCCUGCUCCUGGGGCCAAGGGAGGAAGGCCCACCGGCGGCCCCGGGGCCAGUCCCGCUUCAAGACGCAGCCGGUGACCUUCGACGAGAUCCAGGAGGUGGUCGAGGAGGAAGGCGUCUCCCCGAUGGAGGAGGAGAAGGCCCGCCGCUCCUUCCUCCAGUCCCUCGAGUGCCUCCGCCGCAGCACCCAGAACCUCAGCCUCCACGCCUCCGACUCCGAGAAGAAGAACAAGAAGAACAAGGGCAAGAAGCAGACCUUCCCAGGCGGCAGCAGCAGCAGCAGCGGCAGCGCAAGCACCGGCUCCAGCCGGCAUCUCCGUAACAGCCUCGACUCCUCCGACUCGGACUCCUCGGCCCUCUGAGGGGCCUCCGCGGAUCCCCCCCAAAACACAGACACACCUUCAGAGGAGGAGGAGGAGAGAGGGAGGGGGACUCGCCGCCUUUGGCUUCCCCCACAAGAAGGUCCCGCAGAAGGGAGCCAGCUGCAGGAGGAGAGCAGCGCCAGAGAGGAAGGACUUCGUGGGACGACACACACACACGCAGAAACUAGAAGGGACAGGGCGACCAAGUGUCCUGGCCACAGAAGUGGGACAAGGCACCAUAACAAAGGAUGAUAGGACCCAAGAAAAGCUCCAAAACCACUCCUAGAAAUGUCAGUUCAUGUCUCCUGCUCAAAAAAUUGGAGGACACUUUGGCACAUUCCCUCCUGGAAGGGAGGCUGCCAUGGAGGACGACGUCUCCCUGGAAAAGGAGGACGCCCGGCCAACCUGGCUCCUCCCGGACAGAAGGCUGGAAUGGAGGAUGUGUCCUGGAAAAGGAGGACAGCUAGUCCCCCUGCUCUUGCCUCCCUCUUCCUCGCCCUUGGCUCUUCUCACAAGGCGCUGUGCUGCAGAAUGAAGCUGGCGGAGAUGAAGAACUUCAUGGGGACAAAAUAUAGAAAUAUAUAUAUAUAUAUAUAUUAAAACUUGAAGGGAUUGUUUGGGGAAAGACUGGUUGAGAAGGUCUUUGGAUCCCCCCCCCUUUCCAACCAAUGGCCAUUGGACUCCCCUUUUCUAUCCCUAAUCCUUACAGACUUGGAAAAGACAGUUCACUACUUCUUUUUUCUUAAUUAAAAAGAGAAAGACUGCUUCAAAAAGUUCAGUGCAAAUGUGCUCCAGUCCAAGAUCAUGUUUAAAAGGGAAGCGCUUGUAUGUAUGUUUCUACCUUGGCUAUAUUUUGGGUCUCUCUUUUCUUUUUCCCUUGUAGAAAAUGAAGGGGGGGAAAUGCACAUCUUUUUCUAACUGUUAAGGGGGGAAAUAUAUAUAUAUACACACACACACACAUACAUAUCUCGAGAUGUUUUAUGGCUGCGAUCAGCUGCUGACUUUAUAUUUAUUUUUGCAUUUAAACUUCUGACUGCAUUAAUUUAAUAUGUUUCUACCGGAGUGUCUGCGAUUAUUGACACGAAAGAGAGAGAAAUAAAGCUGUUAUAUUUGCACAAGG